GGCAGACAGGCAGCCAGACGGACAGACAUGGCCAGGCUGGACGUGACAGAGACCUUCCAUCACAUCUCAUUCCCUGGGCACAUUCACACCCAGGACUCCCUGAACUAUGCCCUCCACUUCCAGUUCCAGGACAGGGACACAGUCAUUGCCACCUACCCCAAAUCAGGGACUACCUGGAUGCAGGAAGUGGUCACUCUUGUGAAAAACAGAGGGGACCCACAACUCUCCAAAACUGUGCCCAACUGGGCCCGAGCCCCCUGGGUGGAACAGCAGUACUGUGCAAAGGUGCUGGGGGCCUCCCAGGGCCCCCGAAUCAUCACCACUCACCUGCCCUACCACCUGCUGGCCUCUGCCCUCCAGGGUUCCAAAGCUAAGGUAAUCUAUGUCGCCAGAAACCCCAAAGAUGUUGCUGUGUCAUAUUACCACUUCCAUAAAAUGGCCAAGUUCCUCCCAGAGCCCAACUCAUUUGAUGAGUUUCUGGAUGGUUUUCUAGAGGGUACAGGUGAGUUGACACUUAAUGAUUUGCGGGAGAUCUCCUGA